AGAACACUGCAAACUGGUGAUGCUGAGAAAGGGGGAGUGGGUGUGGGUGGAGUCGGACAGCGGGGUGCCCAUCGGAGCGCGGGUCAAAGUAACAGCAUCUGGUCAUCGGUUACUGGUAGAUGAUGAAGGAAAGGAGCAGAGUCUCUCUCAGGAGCAGGAAACGGCACUCAAAAUCAUGCACCCGACAUCAGUGGAAGGGGUGGAGGACAUGAUCAAACUCGGAGACAUGACGGAGGCCGGCCUCCUCCGAAACCUGCUGCUCCGACACAAACAAGGCAACAUCUACACUUACACAGGUUCAGUGUUGGUGGCUGUAAACCCGUACCAGGAUUUCCCUUUGUACUCCUCUGACCAGGUGAGUUUGUAUCGUGGUCGAAAACUGGGUGAACUCCCACCUCACAUCUUCGCCAUCGCUGAAUCCUGCUACUUUAACAUGAAACGCCACCUCAAGAACCAGUGCUGCAUCAUCAGUGGGGAGUCAGGAGCUGGGAAAACGGAGAGCACUAAACUGAUCCUGCAGUAUUUGGCUGCAGUCAGUGGACAACUGUCAGAACAGCAUAUAGAACAGCAGAUUCUAGAGUCCAACCCAAUACUAGAAGCUUUUGGAAAUGCUAAAACAGUCCGCAAUGACAACUCCAGCCGCUUCGGGAAAUACUUGGAGAUCUUCUUCACUAAGAAUGGAGUGAUCGAAGGUGCUCGUGUGGAGCAGUAUCUUCUGGAGAAGAGUCGUGUCUGUCAUCAGGCUCUUGAAGAACGAAAUUACCACAUCUUUUACUGCUUACUGGCAGGAAUUACACCCGAGGAGAGGAAAACUCUAAAGCUCGGAAACGCUAAGGAAUACAAAUUUCUUACCAAGGGUGACUGUAUCACAUGUGACGGCAGAGACGAUGCUGAAGACUACAAACGCAUCUGUUCUGCUAUGAAAAUCCUGACCUUCUCAGAACACCAGUGUCAGGACAUCCUCAAACUGCUGGCGGCCAUUUUACACCUGGGUAACGUCUGCUUCGAGGCCAACACGCAAAAUAACCUGGAAACUAGCGAUGUCAGUAAAUCCGAACACUUCAGCAUCACAGCAUCACUACUGGAGGUACAAAAGUCUUCCCUGGCGAAGAGCCUGACUCAUCGCUCCUUUAUGACCAACACAGAGCGGGUGACUAAACCCCUGAGCUCCGAACAGGCCUCAGACUGUAGAGACGCCUUUGUCAAGGCAAUCUACAAUAAGCUGUUCAUAUGGAUCGUCAAGAAAAUUAACAGCGUCAUCUACAAAAAACUGGCCAACCAACCCAAAACCUCCUUUCUGUCCAUCGGCCUGCUCGACAUCUUUGGUUUUGAGAACUUCGACACAAACAGUUUUGAGCAGCUGUGCAUUAAUUUUGCCAACGAGAAGUUGCAGCAGUUCUUUGUGGGACACAUCUUCAAGCUGGAGCAGAAGGAGUAUAAGAAGGAGGACAUCACAUGGAAUAACAUCAGCUUCAGCGACAAUCAGAACAUCUUGGACCUUCUGGCUGUGAAACCCUGUAACCUGCUGGCUUUGAUUGAUGAGGAGAGCCAUUUCCCAAAGGGUUCGGACAACACUAUGCUGCAGAAGAUGAACCAUCAGCACAGUGGAAGUAAAGUCUACAUUUCCUCCAAGAGUGAACACGACACAGACUUUGGGAUUUGCCACUUUGCAGGCGUCGUUUACUAUGACUCUAAAGGAUUCCUGGAGAAGAACAGAGAUGCCGUCAGCUUUGACCUCAUCAGGUUGAUUGACACUUCAACCAAUAAGCUGUUUCAUCAGAUUUUUGAGAGUGAUCUUUCUAAUAAUGCGAUGAAGAUAACUAACAACAAGAAGGUCAUCAUGACACCUAAAAACUCUGUGAGGGCCCAGCCCGACAACCGUAAACAAAUGCCAACACUGAGCGGUCAGUUUCGUCAGUCUCUGGACUCCCUCAUGAAGGCUCUGUCUGCCUGCCAGCCAUAUUUCAUCCGCUGCUUCAAGCCCAACAAUGAAAAGCAGUCUGAGCGCUUCGACAGGGAGCUGUGUAUGCGUCAGCUGAGAUACUCUGGCAUGAUGGACACUAUUCGCAUCCGGAAGCUGGGAUAUCCCAUUCGACACACCUUUGAGGACUUCCUGAAGCGCUACAGGGUUCUCCUGAAGACAACCAUCUGUAAUCCUAAAACUGAGACAGCUGCUGCCUGUUGUGAAGCCAUCUGUGAGACUGUGAUUAAAGGAGAGGACGAGUGGAAAAUAGGGAGGAGCAAGAUUUUCCUGAAGGAUGCCCAUGAUGCUGCUCUGGAACGACUGAGGGAACAAGAACUCAGCAGGGUAGCUGUUGUGAUCCAGAGAGUCAUGCUGGGAAUCAAAGACAGAAAGUCUUUCCUGAAGAAGCGAAGGGCAGUCGUUGUUUUGCAGAAGCAUUGGAGAGCUUAUAUGAAGAAAAAGGAGCGAAGAAAGAUCCUGCAGGGUUUUGAGCGGCUCGUGUCCAAAAUCCGCAGUCGACAGCUCCAGAAACAGUACAGAAGACAACAAGAAGCAGCUCUGCUCAUACAGAGUCAGAUACGAGGCUACUGGAUGAGGAAGGACUUCAAGCAGAAGAAGAAGGCUGUCAUACUGAUGCAAGCAACCGCCAGAGGAUUCCUGGCCAGACGAUUAGUUCAGAAGAUGAGAGAAGAUGUUCAUUUUGCAGGGGAGCUUCUUCGGCGUCUUUCAGCCUUGUCUGACGCCUGUUCAGCAACUGGCUCUGAGAAGUCUGAGCCAAUCAGUGAGCCGAAUAUAAAGGAAAGGGUGGCUCUCAUCCCAAUGGUGGUUGUGGAAACGUUUGACACAGAUUCAUCAGAGUCAGACAAAUCAGAGGUGCAGGACUCAGAGUUGGAAGAGAAAGAAAUCUCUGGUGCGACCUUAGACCCAGAGGCCGCCAUGAAUGCUCCACCCUCAAUCUCCUCAACCCCGGUGCAAUCAGACGAAGACGACGAUAGUGAGGACGACUUUGAUGAUACCAACGAAGAGUUUUCAUUCAUCAAGUUCAGCAGACUUAACUUCCAAGGUGAUGCCACCCCAACACACAUCACCCAGAGAGUGCAACAGCCUCUGUUAUCCCACGAUGAUGAGGCUGACGCCCAGGCCUGUCUGACUGUAUUUUGGAUUAUUCUUCGGUUUAUGGGUGACAUGCCAGAGUUGAAAUCCAUUGACUCGGUGUCUCAAGCCUCCAGCACCAUCUCCCGUAAUCUUCCUCACAGGCAGGGCAGGAGGCUGAGCCAUCUGGUGGGACUGGACCAGAAAAUACUGAGAAAGAACAAGAAAAAGCUUGGAGCUGGAGGUAGAAGAGCCACAGCUAUUCUUGAGGAGCCAGAGGACACAGAAGACGAGAGUGAAUAUUUGGUAGGAGAGGCUACACUGCGUCGCAAGCUUUCAUCUCUGGAAAAACUGCACGUUAUCAUUGGAUAUGCUUUAUCCAGACGGGACAUAAGAGAUGAAAUCUACUGCCAGAUCUGUAAGCAGCUGGUUAACAACAGGAACAAACAGAGCCGUCUGAAUGGAUGGGUCCUUCUCUCCAUUUGUCUUGGGAUCUUCCCUCCGACUGAUCUCUUUGUGAAGUAUUUGGAGAAUUUUGUCCGUAAAGGUCCAGAUGGUUACGGAGCGUAUUGUUCUGAGCGCUUGCGUCGUAUAAUCGCCAACGGAGAAAGAAAAGAACUGCCCUGUUGGAUAGAACUGGAGGCUGCCAGGUCCAAGCACCCCAUAGAUGUGUCUGUGACCCUCAUGGACGACCAUACUGUCAAACUGCCUAUGGACUCAGCCUCCACUUCUGUUGAAAUCUGCCAAACUGUGGCAAACAAGAUCAACCUCAAAGACACCUAUGGAUUCUCUCUGUACAUUAGUCUCUAUGAGAAGAUGUGGUCUCUGGGCAGCUGUGGGAAACACGUCCUGGAUGCGGUGUCUCAGUGUGAGCAGGAGGUGAGGAGGCAGGGGAAGGAUGAGAAGCAAACACCCUGGAAGCUCUUCAUCCGCAAGGAGCUCUUCACACCAUGGCACGACUCCACUUUAGACCCCAUCAGCACUGAUCUGAUUUACAGGCAGGUCAUCAAGGGGAUCAAGUCUGGAGAGUACACCAGUGAAAAGGAGGAUGAAUAUGUCGAAAUGGCUGCAAAGCAUUACUACAUCCAGUAUGGUUCUGGAGCCAGCACAGACAAUGUCCAGAAGGUGGUUGAGGAGUGUAUCACCACCACACUCAUUGAGAAUAAAUCUAAGGCCAGAUGGGUCCAACUCAUCAGUGCAGAGCUCACACAGGGUCCAUACACCAGCGGGAAGCAAAAAACUGAAACUGUAAAAGGAGAACUGGUCGAGAUUGCCCGACAAAAAUGGCCACUCCAUUUCUCCAAGUUCUACGAAGUUACAAUGACGUCAGGACCUCCUCUGAACAAGAGCAAGUUUGUCGUGGCCGUCAACUGGAGCGGCAUCUUCUUCACAGAUGAAAGAGACAGGAGACUCAUUGAGCUUCCGUAUCUAGAGGUAAAGGACGUCGAGGUGUUGAGUGAAAGCUACUUCAACACCAAGUCAGUGAGGUUGGUCACCGUCCAAGGAGACUUUGUUCUUAAGUCUGUGGAUGCUGUGGACAUGGCUGCACUCAUAGCUGAAAACCUGGAGGGGCUCAGAGACCGCACAGAAUUUGCACUGGUCCAGAGUGACACCAAUAAAUCAGAUGAUGAUUUGUUCCUGGCAUGUAAACGAGGGGAUCUGUUGCUGCUAAAGAGAGAUGAAGAUUAUCGUCCUGAUCAGAACUGGAUUAAAGCCAUCAACCAGAGGACCAAUACCACCGGUGCAGUUUAUAAGGACACACUGCAGUUUCUGCCAACUCUCAGCAGGCCCAGUGAAGACAUGCUGGAAAUGCUCAGUCCACGCCAGAAGAAAAUCUCUGUACCGAGUGCUCCACAGAGAGACGACGCAGUUGCCCCCGUCUCUUUGAGGGACUUUGCACGUGAAAAUUUCAGGCAACCGGGGAAGGAUGUUGGCCGACACGGUGCAAACAAAGGAUUCAAUAAGGAGAAGCUGUGGUCCUAUUCCAGAGAACCCAUCAAACAACCGCUAAUGAAAAGCCUGGUCCGUAACUCUGAGCUCAGCGCUUUGGCCUGCAACGCUUUCACUGCUAUCAUGAAGUAUAUGGGUGAUUACCCCAUCAAGCAUGCUCGCAGUCCCAUAGAACUGACCGACCAGAUCUUUGGUCCAGCCACGCAGCACGAAGCUCUGCAGGAUGAGAUCUACUGCCAGAUUAUGAGACAAAUGACCACCAACAACAGCAGGUUAAGUAGGGAGCGUGGGUGGCAGCUGAUGUGGUUGGUCACAGGCCUGUUCCCGCCCAGUCCCGACCUGAUCACCCACACUCGACGCUUCCUGGAGUCACGGCCCAGAGAGUCGCUGGCUGCCGGCUGCCUGCAGAGGCUGCAGGCCAUGCUCAGUAAGGAGCCCAGGAAGCUUCCUCCCCAUCUGGUGGAGGUGGACGCCAUCCAACAGAACAGCACCCAGAUCUUCCAUAAAGUCCACUUCCCAGAUGAAAGAGAUGAAAUAUUUGCAGUGACGUCGACAACAACAAUCAAAGAGCUGUGCUACACUGUGGCCUCUCAGCUCAAGUUCAAAUCAGUUGAAGGAUACGGGCUUUAUUUGAAAACAGCAAGCAAAGGAGUGACGCUCCAAAGCUUGAAUGAGGAGAAGUAUUUCUUUGAUAGUUUAAGGGAAACAUCAGAUGCACCUAAGAAGGCAAAGAAAGUAAAAGAAGGUAAACCAGGGUACCAAGCCAAUGCGGCCUACAUGGUGAUCUUCAAGAGGAAGCUCUGGUUCAAUGUGAGCCCAGGGAAAGACCUGAUUGCAGAUCUUACCUGUCAUUUCCCACAGGAGCUGUAUAAGUACCUACGGGGAUACCACAACUGCACCAAAGAGGACAUGUUCACACUGGGUGGAAUGCUUUUCAGAUCUGAGGUCGACUCAGACAGGUCACAGUUUGUCAUGAUACCCAAGAUGCUGAAGACUCUGGUGCCUGCUGACCAGUUAGAGUUGUUGUCUAAAGAAGAAUGGAAGAAGCACAUCAUCUCCUCCUACAACAAGCAGAGUGGAACCUCAGUGCAAGAGGCCAAAAUCGCCUUCCUGAGAUUAAUCUCAAGCUGGCCGACCUUUGGCUGUGAUUUCUUUGAGGUUAAACAAACAUGUGAGUCCAGCUAUCCAAGCAUACUCUGGGUUGCCAUCAACAAGCAUGGGGUCAGCCUAAUAGACCCAAAGACUAAGGAGAUACUGAUUGUGCAUCCAUUCAGCCGUAUCACAGAGUGCCACAGCAGAGGUGACAUCUUCCAGAUGACCAUCGGCACCAUGGUGAGGGGCGUCACUUUUGUCUGUGAAACCGCAAGGAGUUACACAAUGGAGGACCUUCUCAGAUCGUACGUUAACAUGUAUGAGAACCAGAGGAAGGGCUUUCAGUCGAAAAUCAACAUGUUCUCCUGAGAGUUCAAGAGGGAUGGAAGUCAAGGGUGAAGAGUUUUGAUUGACAUGAACUUGUGAUUGAUUGCUUUACAGUGCAUGUGUACGCUUGAAAUGACAGAUGUAUCUAUAAUACUUAAGAAGAUAAUAAAAGUAUAGAGUUGUGUCACUUUUGUGUGUUAAUUUCACUGUUAUUUUUGUGAGAAUUGUUGUAAUAGAAACCACCCUAUGCCCUUUAUUUAUCCUAAACCUACUUACAACAUUUUUUUUUCUCAUUAUAUUGACAUUUUGCUACUUGUUACAAUGUCAAAUCUUACACUAAAUAAUUCAGGCUUUUACAAAGAUCAUUUUAAAAUGUACAUAAGUUAAUGUAAUAUAUAUUUUGUCAAACAGUGUCAAAGUCAUUGUGAUAAUUGUGUCUUUGUGCUUUUAUGUUGCCAAGCUGGAAGUAUGGAUUCUGAUUACUUUAAAUUACAGUUUUAUUUAUCCAAAAAAUGAAAAAUAAAGAUUAUUUAUUUACUGAGGAUGUUAGAAUUUGGGGCCAUAAAGAUCUCAUGUUAGCAGAAUUAAGCUCAGGCUAUUUAAAUGAAAUUAGAUCACUAACUUAUUAAACAACAAUAGAAACAAA